AUGUAUCCUGUUGGGGUUUUAUUCGGCCUAGGCUUCGAUACUGCUUCCUCUAUUGCCCUUCUUAGUGUUUCUGCACUUGCCCACAGACAGACCGAUGGAUCGUCUAUACCCUCUAGUCAAAUUUUAGUGCUUCCAGUACUCUUCACUGCUGGAAUGUCCUUGAUCGACUCGACGGAUUCAGUGAUUAUGCUAUACUCAUAUACCGAUUUUGCCGAGCGACGAUGGACCGUCUUUGAACGCUCUGCACAGCAACCUCCAGCAGAAAAGCCACCAACCGCCCAAGGCAUUGCAGCUGAGACCCAACUCAAAACUCUAGACCAAGAUACUUCACCACCAUACGGGGCCAGCCCUGGCGGCACUUCGGGUCUACUGAAAUUCAACGUUAUGUCAAAUCUCAGCAUUAUACUCACCCUCAUCAGUAUUCUUGUUGCCCUCAGCAUAUCGCUCAUCACUAUUAUGGGUCUGAUCGGUGAACAAUGCAAGCGCUGUCAAGAAGCUGCGAACGAUCCAAACGGGGGCGGACUAGCUGGGAGUUGGUGGAGAGGAUGGGCUCAGGCCAAUGAGCAGUCGGGAUGGAUUGGGAUAGCCAUCGUAGGAUCCUUUGUUUUGGUUGUUGCUGGGUGGUAUGGUUUUCGUCGAUUCGGAAAGCGCACAGUCCAGGCACAGCAUCCAAGUCCGAAUGCAUAA